AUGUCAGGACCCCCAGAGAUUGGCACAACCCCUGAUGACCGGCAUACUCCUGUGCCACCCCAGCCAGAGCGCCAAGGGGCGGCCAUGGCAGCCGAGCGGAAAAGAAAAAAGACACGAGCUUGCGACGGCUGUCGGCGACUCAAAGAAAAGUGCAACGGCGGAACUCCUUGUGCUAGGUGCAUCAAGGCAGAUCGACAAUGCAUCUUCACAGACGCCUACAGGAGGACGAGGGCACGGCCCACAGUCCCAAAGCCAAAUAUCCCGGCCGAUCCUAUUGACCCAAAAUCGUUUUUCGAUGUAGAUAGGAUCAGAAACCUUGAAACCAUUGUCAAGCACUAUACGAAUGUUCAGGAGUGUAGUCCAGCCACGCUUGAAGAAGUAAUAUCGAGCCUGGGAUCAGACAAGGAAAGCGUAGCACCCUCACCGUAUCUCGAGAAUCUACGAAAUACCGAGGACAGUUCUGGUGAUGCUAGAACGAAAUACCCAGCUUCUCUCCCAGCCUACGAAGAGUUCUCCCAUUUAGAUUUCACCCAUCAGAUUCAACAGAAAUUAGCUCCUGACUUGGAUACUCCUUAUGCAAGUGCAACAAUCAAUGUGGCGGCUGCCGAGCCGCUAUUAUCACGGACUUUCGUUGUCCAAGAUGCAGCAUCUCUGUUCCCACCCGCAGAAGUUGCCACCAUCUUGCUUGAUAUCUUUUUCAACAUCUCCCAAACGAAUUACUUCUACGUCGACGAGCGUAUCCAACACCGAAUCUCCGAAUUCUAUACCCAGAUGACCCCUCUCACAAUUGCCGAUGCACCAUGGGUUUGUACCGCACUCAUGGUGUUCUGCGUCAGCACCCAGUUUGCACACUUGGCCCAGAAGAACAAAGGACGAUAUGAAACCAGUGAAGAGGUCAAUGUACCAUCUGCAAUAGACGAUGCGUUUGCCUUGUCCUUCUACCGAAAGGCAACGUCUAUGAUACCUGAUCUCCUCGCAAUCGGAUGCCCACAGAGUGUGCAGGCCUUUAUACUGAUGGGGGUCUAUUCCCUUCCAUUAGACCCCUCUGGUUUGGCAAGCAGAUAUUAUGCCAUCGCUAUAAAGAUUGCAAUACAUAAUAAUAUGCACUUGAAGGCUCCUGGGGGACCAAAGACCUAUGAUCAUGAGGUUCGCAACCGAAUUUGGUGGACUGUGUAUACACUGGACAGGCGUGUUUGUAUUCUGCAUGGUCGACCGGCAUCAAUCCAGCGAUCAGAUAUCAAUGCCAAUCUCCCAUCCAAUUGCAUCGAACCACAGUCAGCCAAGAGAGUCAACACAUACCAUAAUAUGAUGGCUCAGAAAAGCCUAACUGAGAUCAUGGAGGAUGCUCGUGAUGCUAUUUUGGCUAUUAAAAAAUCCAAAAAGCCCAAGCUUAGGGAUGCGGCAAAGAAAGCCUUGAAUAUAAAUCAAACAUUAAAGAGCUGGUGGGAACGGUUGCCCCAAGAGACUUUUUGUACAGAUCUAACUCCGGGGCAACCCCUUUUCCGAUCGAACAUACAUCUCGCACUCACAUAUCACCUUACUCAUAUUUUCAUCGGGCGCUCUUUCAUCUUCGAUAGCUCGCACUUUGAACCUGACGACUUGUAUGAAUGGGUCAAUACCCGCAACACGCUCAUACAAGACUGUCUCAAAAGCGCGGUCAACUCCAUUCAGCUCUGUCAAACAUUGAAUGACGAGUUUGGACUUUCGAAGUCUUCCUAUACCGAGUUCACAUCUUGCUGCGCUGCAGUAAUGACCUUGGUAGCUCAACGCAUUACCACAGAGACGACAGAGUUUAACGACAUCUGCGACCAGGGCCUUGCAUUGCUGAAGAUGAUGUCUGGUGGUGUCUUCACCAAGAGCUCCGAGAAGCGAGGCCUAGAGAUUCUAGAGAUGGCACUUGUCAAACUGAGUAUGAGUCAAGGUGAUAGUCCUUUCUUGGGCGGAGCAGGCUACAAUGAGUUUCGAAACUGGGUUACACUUCAGGCAGGUCCUGGUGAGGUGCUCAGACCGCAGCAUGCCUCGCCCGUGAUGGAAUGGACAUAUAACAGCAGCCCAGGGGAAGCAUCAUCUCAGCACGAUGGCUUGAGCUUAAUGCCGGAUUUUAUCCCUACGACAUUUGCAGACUUAGCCUCUCUUCCAGGUUUGGAAAACUAUUUUCAGUACUCCAUGGGCUAG